CAGAAGCAAAUGGGGACGUCUGUUUGCAUGUUGUUCAGCCUAAUACAGAGGCACCCUAUGAAAAACAGCCAUUGAACAUAGUUCUGCUAUCGCCAUCAUCGCUGUUGUGACGACAGUUGCUUCUUCAUCGAUUUCUACCGCUACGAUCUCUACGAUUGCCAUUGCUGUCGACGAACAUCAUUUGCGAUUCGAGAAGUGGGGGGAGCUGGUUGAACAUUGUGGCCGUAGGAUGCUUUUUAGUAGCGGUGCUGUUUGAUUGUGGCUGUUGGUGUUCAGCUGAGGGUUUUGUGGCCAUAGGCUAUGUGUGUGUCUGAGCGAUUGGAUACUGAGCUCAACAGCAGCAUUAUUAUUGUUGCUCUUGUUGAAUCAUAAAUGGUUUUGUGAGUUCUAUAAAAUUUCUCGAGGAUAGACAGAGUAGCCCUCAGCGACUACUGAUAGAAAGUCCAUUACAUCGUUCAACGGCUCCGAUAUUUCUCUCGAGUCCCGUGUGUGACUAGUGGGUGAAAAGUUAGCUCGCGUAUCGUUGAACAACUCAGAGGGCUAUUAGCGACUGGUUUAGGUACCACUCACAGACGAGAGCAAAAUGACGAUUGAUUUGACAGUGAAAACGUUGGAUUCCAACGUAUACCAGUUCUCAGUGCCUGAUGAGUUCACAGUGAAAGAAUUUAAAGAGUACAUCGCUCAAACUGUGAGCGUUGCCUGGGACAAACAGCGCAUUAUCUUCGGUGGCAAAGUUCUGCAGGACGACCACCGACUGGCGGACUGCAACGUUGCAGGAAAGACCGUUCAUCUGGUCCAACGAGUCCCGCCCCCAGCUUCACGGGGGCCAGUAGCUGUCCCUCUCGAUGACAGUACAUCACGAAACAGCAAUAACUCUCAACAGCCGUCACAUGGAGAACAAAACCGCGUUCCCCUUGAACGCGCAGGGAAUAAUGUCUACGUCGGAGCCUUUACUCUACCGCAUGUGGAGGUCGCGGCAGGGGGUGGCCCUGGUGGAGGAGCCGAACAGCUUGAGCAAAUGAUCCAGCAAGUAAUUUCAUCAAUGGUGGAUAUAGGUCGGCAAGCUACGGUUGUGUCACAGGGAGCCUCUCCAGAAGACAAUAAUGUCAACUACCACAUAAAUAUCGCGGAAAUAAGCGGUCACCAAGAGGUGCAUAGUCGACUUCUCGCCGUUCGUUCCUUGUUGCGGUUAGCGUUUAAUGGUGUUAACGUCCUUGAAGGCCGUCCGCCCGAAGAGUAUGCCGUGCAAAACCCGCCGCAUCAUGCGCAGUCGGGAGGCACUCAAAAAAGACAGGCUACUCCCUCUACCUCAACGGCUGCUCCGUCAGCAUCUACAGCUUCGACAUCUGCAACAGCGGCAGAAGCUCAGGGAACCGCUCCCCAUGAGGGGCAGCAGGUAAAGACGGAGGCGGCUGUUGGCGAUAUCGAAAGUUCUGCUGAGGGCCAGUCGGAGAACCGGUCCAGAGGCAGCUCAUCGGAGCCGUCACGAGAUAGUCAGUCGCAGGCCGAGCGGGAUCCGAGGCGCCCGCUUUCAUUCCUCCUCCUUCAUGAGUUGCAUCCGACGAGACAAACUCUAGCACACGUUUACGAUGAGUUGGACUAUCUCAACGAACGGUUGGCGCCAUUCCUAAAUCGUUAUCGAGAUCUUCUUCGACGGGAGACCUUGACGCCGGAUGAAGUUAAUUUGGAAGAAGCGCGCCGAGUUUCCUAUCGUGUUGCCGAAGUGACUCACGCGAUAUCUCACGUACAGCAUCUGCUUAGUGAUCUCGAAAUUGAUCCACGACACCCUGCCCACCUCGUUGUGCGACCUUCAGGACCAGUACUGCCUGAAGGCCAAGUGUCUAGCCACCACAUUGAUCAUACAGUUCCGAUCCGUGCACAGAUUAACGUCAACACAGUUGCUUUCCUUUCAAAUGGAAACGGAAAUCUAUCCGCGAGUGGUGAAGCUCAGACCGGUUCCGGUCAGACGUCUGCGGGCCAGGGUUCAGGGAUGACUGUGGCCGAAGCCGCAGCUCAAGCAGCCGCGGCGGCGGCAGCGGCAGCAGCUGCUGCUGGUAGGCAGGAUGAAUCAACUACUGCAAGUCAGCAGGGGGCUACAGGCCAGAGUAAUAGCCAAACCGGUGGAUCCUCUAAUGAAGCGGACAGACCAAGUCGGUCCUUCAACCCAGCUGACUUCGUUCGACGUGUAUCGAACGCAGCUUUUCGUAGUGUUUCGCGGGCUGCAAGCUCCAGUUCUAAUACAGCUGGCGCGAGCGCUGGUCAAACUCCAUCGCGAGAAGAGACAACGGCCAGCAAUACAACUACAGGAACAACACAGACACCGACAACUGCAGGGGUUACGAUGGGAGGGACUCGGGCUAGUGGAGGUUCUGCAGGAAGCGGCGGAUCAGGCAGCGCUGGAACCGCGUUCACAAUACCUACAGCCACUGCGAGUCAUACAGGUUUACGGCCAACAGCAGUUGUACGUGAAGUAUUUGAUCCCUUUCUUGUCUGUGAUUCGAUCUUCUCGACUGUUGGGCGACGCAUCGAUCGUCAUUUUGAAGGGCGAGUCCGAUGGACCAUACCACAAAGAUCGUCGAGCGUUCCAGCCGCAACAAAUCGGCGACAAAGAGAUGGCGAUAUACCAGCUCCACCAAGAGCUCCUAACCAAUCCAGUGGACCGCUUCUGGAGACUAUUAUGCAGAAUUUAUUCCCUGGCAUGGGUGUCUUCCACUCGAUGCCGGUGGCAAGUUUCAUCAACUGGGAAGUAGGAGGGAACGACGGAGUGCAAAAUGAAUUUAUCAAUGAUCUGCUAGCGACCAUAGUGUCAACACUGACAACGAGCGAUUUCAUGGAAGUAAUUUUACAGCGAAACAAUCGAAGUCUUAACGGACUUCGAACACCCCUUAGAGAGUUUCUAAACCGGCGAUUGCUUAAUGGCGAGCCAUUCACACCGCAAUUGCUCGAAACAAGACUUGGGGCCUUGAUCGAUUCGAUAGCAAGAGAUAUACCGGAGGAAACUCGAGAGGCUGAUCUGUAUCCUGAUGUCGACCUGGUGGCCAGCCUUUCCGGUUUCCUAAAAGCCCGUGUUUUUGACCUAUUUAAGUUUAUCCUGGAGGCAGACGACGAACCUACAUUUGGUGAUCGUCUUUUCGAACAUUUUAGUGAAUUUGUGAAGGACACAUUGUCGCUUAUAGCCAUGUGCUGCAGGGACGGCACCGCAUCGGUCGAACGAAUCAUCGUAGCUAGGGCCAGGCAGUUUGAACGUGCAGAGAACGAUAUGCCCUUGGUGACAGCGUUCGUAACACAGGCUGGUGCACAUCGUGAACACCUUCGUAUCAAUGAAAGCCUGAGGGAAUAUAUUGUUAUGAAACCAGCAGAGGAAGGCAGCGGCCGUCGAGCUCCUACUGCAACCGAAGAAGGGGAUAUGCCAAAUCCUGAUGAACGAAUGGAUGUGGACGCAUCAACGCACGCGAGCAUUGAUGCCUCACCAACUAACCAAGCGAUAAAUGUCAAUAAUGGAGUUGCUGUGGAGCACGCACAGGUUACUCUAGAAUCACCUGUUAGUCACGAGGCAGCUCUCAGCGCUCUACGCGCAGCUGUCCCGGAUACACAACCUUCUGCAGGGUCUGAAUGGAUAAGCGGUGUUCCCCCUGGUUGGGCACCAAUUAUUGCGAGAGACAUGGGCUCCCAAAGUGCUGUACAAAGGCCCCUUAGUGACGCGUAUCUGGCAGGAAUGCCUUCAAAAAGGCGCCGACUCAUGAAGCCAACAAGUCCUAGCCAGCUAUCUGACGUCCCUGCAUCCAUUCAGCAGGCAAUUCAGCGUGCAGGCGUCCGGCCGCGAACAAGUGUAGACGCACUCAAUGCUGACGUUCAACGGAACACAGUAGCGCUCCAAGAUGCUUUACAAAGCAGCAUCCGGGAUGCGCUCGCAAGACGGCUCACCGAAGAGACGGUUGAUUUCGACAAGGACAGAUUUCCUCAUGCUCACCGAAUAACUAAGCCCAAAUAAACUACACAAUGUCACAUGUACCCGUCACCUUUUAAUUAGCACAACGCGAAAAUUCGAAAUCAAUGACUUAUGUGAACAAAUUGCGAUAAAACCAGAGGGAAAGCUACAGCUGAAAGAAAAACGUCAACAAUAUUAGACAACAGAUACAUCAAUACUAUGAUAGAGCAACUUUUAAAAAAGUGGAAAAACGUGGCACCAUAACGCCUCUUCAGGUACUGUCUCCUUUUUUUGGCUUCAAAGUAAAAGGAUAAUAUCUUUGGUGAUGAUCGAAGCAAAAUCAUUGCCUGCAGUUGUAAAAGGAAAUAUAUUUCGCCGAAUAAAUCCCAUUUGCGGAACAUAUGAGUAAAAAAUGUUGUCACUAUAUGCAUGUGACUGUAUCUUAUACCUGCGGGUUCUUACGGCAAAUAUAGCGUCAUUCGGCAAGCCGGAUAUCGGAGGCGAACUGGAGAGCGAAGUACAGAGAACAGUACGUGAAGCAGUUAAUAACCAACAUACUUUUGGUUGGAAAGAUCAUGAAGAUGAUUAAAAUUAGUAGUUUUUACGUGAGUGGACCCGAACCGCCUAGGAUCUCGAAUUGUAGAAGACAAAAUUUGGACACGCUUAAAGCAGCCAAUGUGCUAAUCACGAUUGUACCUUAGAUCAAGACCAGGCUGCGCUCACAUAGCAUGAGUAACAGCUCAUUUGGAUGCCUUCAGUCACUUCUGUAUAGAUGUGCGGGCUUCUAAAUACACGGAAAUUGUGCGGUCCUGAGUACCCGCGCACAAGUGUUUGUUCGUCUACGACAGUUCUAUGUUCUUCGGUUCCUAAGUAAAAUAUACCGCAGUGUCUGAGGGCGCUCAGUUUGGUUCUGCAAUGCAUGCAUCUAUUGCUAAAUGGUGUGAUCUUGUGUGUCGAUAGAACAUCUUUUAAGCAUUUACUGGUCCAUUUGCUAGCCGCCGUCUUCAGAACGGACGUUGACGACUACUAGAGGGGUCUUUAGUGAGGCCUAAUACCUUCUGUCACUGGUGAGCCUGUCCUUUCCCUCUGCGUGAAACUUUCUCUCCGAUAGAGUUCCGUUUGUGCCUAAUGCUGUGCGAUAUUACUUUUCUCCACUCUAAAAACCGAUCAAUACGGUCAGGUUUCGAUAGUGUAGUUACUAGCCCUUCCGUUGAAUACAGUGAAUAUAUGAAGUAUGAAAGACCAAGAGCUGUAUCUAACAAGAUAUCUAAGCCUACAAUGUAUAUCGAGAGCCUCGUCUAUUGCGAAGAAGUGCCUAUCAGCUCAGUGAGGAUCGCAAACACCGUAAACAUCUAUCACGAUUUCGCUGAACUGAUGCAGAACUGCCACUUCUUUUGACUGGUACGAAUGCGUAGCAUCGUCUAAUCAUUUCUGGCGAGUGACAGUGAAGACCAGAGCUACACCAUUCCUAAACACGCUGCCAUGGUCACAGUUAUGCUGAUCGUUGUCCCUAUAAAGCCAGUUUUCAUAUUGACAGCAGCUGUGAUGGACCGGUCUAAGAGAUAGAGGUUGCCUAUGUGGUGAAUUCGAUACUUCCGUAAUUAUAUUAAAAUACAAACUGUGGUAGUGCAUAUAGGUUAGAUGAUAUCGAUCGCUUAUUGACCUACAGCGUAAUAGAUUCUGACAUGCAAACUUUAGUAAUAGAACGUAAGAGUCUUUUAAAGAUCUGUUCUCUGUACCACCUCAAAUGUAUUACAGUUACGAAAUGUAAUAAAUUGCACUAAUGCUGUGAGCAAUUCACCUCCAAAGAUUUACACUUUAGCAGACUAGCUAUCAAGAUCUCCAGAAAAAUUCUGUAAAAGCGAGGUUCCCAGUCUUAACCAUCAGUACCUCCCGUUAUAUAUAAUUUGUGAUUGGAUAAUACUAUUAAAUUGUCAGAUGGACCGAAUUUUCAUAAUUGUUUAAUCUUGAUUGUAUCUAAAGUUUCCCUGAAUUUUAAAUAAGCACCGUAUACAAGCUCACCACGGAGAGAUUUCAA